AUGGCGAUACCGUGCAUGGUCAACACUACGAUAGCCGUCCAAAAUUCGUCAUCAUCUCACCUCGAUAAUUUUGAACCUACCGCGAGAUGUGGAAGAAUCGUCGAAGAUUCGGAAGCAGCCCAGGAAAUGGGUUAUCAGGGAACCCUCGAUUGGUCUCCAUCGAUGCAAGCCCUCCUCUUUUCCUCAACCUUCUACAGUAGCCUCGUCUCCGUCCUCUUUGUCGGCUAUCUGGCUGACCGUUUCGGGCCCAAAAUUAUGCUCCUAGGCGCAUCUGUUGAUUUUCUGAUCAUGAGCUAUCUAGCCCCAUCGCUGGCUAGUCACUCGUAUUGGGCAUUCUUCGGGACGAGGCUGGUAAUGGGAUUGGCUGAGGGUGCUGUUUUUCCAUGUCUCAACUCCUUGGCAGCCAAAUGGUUCCCACCUACCGAAAAAUCAACGAUGGCAGCGAUCUAUACAUCCGGAAUUCAGAUAUCCUCAGCAUUUUCUGCCCCCAUUAGUGCAUUUCUAUGUACGACCAGCGUGGGCUGGCCGUCUAUUUUCUACUUUUUCGCGACCGCGGGUCUGGUCUGGGUGAUCCUGGGACUAAUUUUUGUCACCAAUUCCCCCUCCAAGAACAAGUUCGUCUCCGAGCGGGAGAAGAAGUACUUGGAGCUGCAUGUUGGGAAUAACGCAAAAUUGGCGAAGAACGCUAAAAUGCCGUGGAAGAAGUUAUUAUUCUCGAAGGAAGUCCUAGCCGUUAACGCCUGCUCCCUAUCAUCAAAUUUUAUCUCGAACACGAUGCAGUCUUUCCUACCUACAUAUCUUAUGGAAGUGUUGGCUUUGCCUAUACACUUGAACGGUGUAUAUUCGAUGGUACCCUUCUGCUCUCAGCUCCUCUGCAAAAAUACGAUGAGCCCACUGUCGGAUUAUUUGAAGCGGCGCGGGCAUAGUCCGACAAAGUUGGGGAGAAUAUUCCAGGGGAUUAGCUCAUUUGGCUCCGGAACUUUCGUUAUCCUACUCGGCAUUAUACCUUCUUGUGAUAACCCGGUUCUUGCGAUCCCACUCCUGAUGGGUUACGAUGCGAUCCCAGGGACGCUUGGCAGUAUGGGAGGGCCGUUGCUGUUAUCGCUAAUCAAUUAUUUGCAACUGCCCUACAAAUGGCCAAUACUUUUUACGUGCUGUGCUGUUCUCCAUUACAUUGGUGGAAUAAUCUUUACGCCAGAAGGUCUACGCCCCUACGCGGUGCUACUCUUCAACUUGGCCUUCACGGAUGGUGUGGCCUGUUUCGUAGGGUAUUUUGUGAUGCAAAGAAUGGUCAUUUUCUAUACCUUAAUCGUCUACAGCCCAUCACUUUUUCAAAUGACUUCCUUCCUUUUUGCCGUUGAUCCUCCCGAGGUGGCUCGAAGUUUAUUAGCCGCAAAUUAUCCGCUUUAUGACGUAACUGGUCUAACAAGGAAACUCCUCAUUGUGAAUGGAGAGGGCUAUGGAACGCAGUGGCGCGCGGAGCCUGGGCGGAAGAGGGUCGCCACCGACAGCGUGUGCAUCCGGAAAGGAACUAUAUGGAUCUCCGAGUCUACAGCGAAGAAGAGCCAGAUGAAAGACUCAGCCGCUCGCGAACCGCUGAGCGCUCAGGGAGAGGAAUUCCCUCUAGUACGUGGCGAACUGCCUUCCUUGUCACCAAGUGUGCACACUGCGCAAGUGAUGAACGAGGAGGAAACCGGGAUG